GUUGAAAACGAGGUACUCAAGUUCUCGUGAAUGCUCGUUGCGUUAGCGACAACACAUUCUCAGCAUUUAUAAACAAUUGAGUGGAAAAGAUAAUAAUGGCAGCUACAGGCAGAAAAGAAAAAAGAAGCAAACAAGAAGUUGACCAUCCUUUACAGCAAGGUGUAUUCAUGUUUCCAAAUGGUGAUAAAUAUGAUGGUUCCUGCAAAUUAACAAAUGGAGCACUUGUAAGAACUGGUUAUGGGGAACUCACGGGUAGCGAUGGCACAGUGUAUAAAGGUGACUGGGACGCAGACAAAAUGAAUGGAAAAGGUUCAUUGUUUCAUGUAAAUGGUUCCAGGUAUGAAGGAGACUUUGUUAAUAAUAUGAUGCAUGGAUACGGCACGUAUACAUGGUCUGAUGGAUCAAAAUAUGAAGGAACAUUUUGCAAAAACAGCCUUGAUGGAAUUGGCAAAUUCACUGAUGGCCUUAACCAACCAUGGACUGGCGAGUUUUCACGUAAAUGUGCAAAUGGCCUCCGAUUCUCUUUAAAUAUGUAAGAAGAGAGAAAGCUAUUUUCAAGAAAUUGAAUCAAUGUGUAUAUAACGUUCUCGUAUUGUAGAUAAGCAACCUUUAUUCAUUUAAAAA